CGCUGAUUGUCGCGUUGCGUUACCAUGUUAGUGUGAAGUUAUUUAAAAAUCACGGAGAUUAGCGGAUGCGAUGACAUCCAAGCAAGCUGCCGUGCAUUCCUCAGUAUUCCUCAGCACAUUACUAUGUCGACAAGUACCGAUACGAAAAGAUUCAAGUGAAUUCGCUGAGGGGUCAUUUGUGACGCGCAAGCGCAUGUAUAACGAAAUUCCGUCUACAGGCUGUAUAGUGAAGAGAAAGCUUUCGAAAGUACUUCUUAUUGUUUCUUACGCAAAAUAAAUCAUGUCGAAUGUUGACGAGUGUUAUAUCGAGAUUUUGCAACUUGUGAAGCGAGCUGGCUCGAUAAUUAAGGAAAAGAUUUUUCAACGCAAAGAUGUGCUUACAAAAUCAUGCGACGUUGACUUAGUUACAGAAUGGGAUCAAAAGAUAGAGAAACUUUUAAUCGAUGGCAUAUCGUCCAAAUAUCCCGACCAUAGAUUUAUCGGCGAAGAGAGCACUGCUUCAGAUCAGAAGAUAAAAUUAACAGAUGUUCCGACGUGGGUAAUUGAUCCUAUCGACGGCACGAUGAAUUUCGUUCACGGUUUACCGCACACGUGCAUCUCAGUUGCGUUGCUUAUUAAUAAAAUAACGGAAAUAGGAGUAGUGUAUAAUCCUAUCUUGGAGCAGCUUUUUACUGCUCGCAAAGGUCAGGGUGCUUUUCUCAAUGGCGCUCCGAUUCAUGUAUCUGACGAAAAGGAAUUGAAUAAGGCACUGGUAAUGGUAGAGAUAGGAACCAGCAGAGAUCCAGAGAAAUUGAAAAUAGUUUCACAAAAUAUAACGCUCCUUACAGCACGAGUUCAUGGAAUACGAUCAUUCGGUUCGGCAGCUCUGAAUAUGUGCAUGGUUGCUCUCGGUGGAGCUGACGUUUCUUUUGAAUUUGGUAUACAUGCGUGGGACAUCGCAGCCGGAGAUCUUAUUGUUCGAGAAGCUGGCGGGGUGUCAAUAGACCCAGCUGGAGGCCCAUUUGACAUGAUGAGUAGAAGAACAUUAUGCGCAUCAUCAAUGGAGUUAGCUCAACAAUUUUCCAAAAUAUUAAUCCAGUAUUAUCCAGAGCGAGAUUAAAAAACUUCAAAGUUUUAUACGGAAAAUCAUAUUUCUAUAGAAAUGAAAAAUUAUAUCUCUAGAUUCCAAAUUACAUUAUUAAAAAGUAAGUAUUGCCUAAAAGAAAAACGAUGUAAAUUCAAAUUAUGUGAUUGUAAAAUAGAUGUAUUAUUGGGUAUAUAAUUUUAUUAAAUUUUUUCAAAAAA